AAAUUUGGAGAGCGACCUCAACCGAAACGGCUCACCAGGGAAGCAAUGCGAAAUUACCUGAAGGAGCGAGGUGAUCAAACAGUCCUAAUACUCCAUGCGAAAGUUGCGCAGAAAUCAUAUGGAAAUGAAAAAAGGUUCUUUUGUCCUCCUCCAUGUGUGUAUCUUAUGGGCAGUGGGUGGAAGAAAAAAAAAGAGCAAAUGGAACGGGAUGGUUGCACUGAGCAAGAGUCGCAGCCUUGCGCCUUCAUUGGAAUAGGAAACAGCGACCAAGAAAUGCAGCAGCUGAACUUGGAAGGAAAGAAUUAUUGCACUGCCAAAACAUUAUACAUAUCAGACUCAGACAAGAGAAAGCACUUCAUGUUAUCGGUAAAAAUGUUCUAUGGCAAUAGUGACGACAUCGGUGUGUUCCUCAGUAAACGGAUCAAAGUCAUCUCCAAACCUUCUAAAAAGAAACAGUCACUGAAAAAUGCAGACUUAUGUAUUGCAUCAGGGACAAAAGUGGCACUAUUUAAUAGACUUCGAUCCCAAACAGUUAGCACCAGAUAUUUGCACGUAGAAGGUGGUAAUUUCCAUGCCAGUUCACAACAGUGGGGAGCAUUUUACAUUCACCUCUUGGAUGAUGAUGAAUCAGAAGGAGAAGAAUUCACAGUGAGAGAUGGCUACAUUCAUUAUGGGCAGACUGUCAAACUUGUAUGCUCAGUUACUGGCAUGGCACUCCCAAGACUGAUAAUUCGAAAAGUAGAUAAACAAACAGCGUUAUUGGAUGCAGAUGAUCCAGUAUCGCAGCUCCAUAAAUGUGCAUUUUACCUUAAAGACACUGAGAGAAUGUAUUUGUGCCUUUCCCAGGAGAGAAUUAUCCAAUUUCAAGCCACUCCAUGCCCAAAAGAACCAAAUAAAGAAAUGAUUAAUGAUGGAGCUUCUUGGACAAUCAUUAGCACAGAUAAAGCAGAAUACACAUUUUAUGAGGGGAUGGGACCGGUCCAUGCUCCAGUGACACCUGUGCCUGUUGUAGAAAGUCUUCAGUUGAAUGGUGGCGGCGAUGUAGCAAUGUUGGAACUUACAGGACAGAACUUCACUCCAAAUUUACGUGUCUGGUUUGGGGAUGUGGAAGCUGAAACCAUGUACAGAUGCGCAGAGAGCAUGCUAUGUGUUGUUCCAGACAUUUCUGCAUUUCGAGAGGGUUGGAGGUGGGUCCGUCAGCCAGUCCAGGUUCCAGUAACUUUGGUCCGUAAUGAUGGCAUAAUUUACUCCACCAGCCUUACCUUUACAUACACACCGGAACCAGGGCCACGACCACACUGCAGUGCUGCUGGAGCAAUCCUCAGAGCCAACUCAAGCCUCAUGGCUUCCAGUGAAACAAAUACAAACAGCGAGGGAAGUUACACAAACGUCAGCACAAAUCCAACCAAUGUCACAUCAUCUACAGCAACUGUAGUUUCCUAACUACUGUUGUUUGUCUAGACUUUAACUGACUUUUAAGUGCUACAUUCAAGAGAACUGAACAAUUUUUGUGGUUUCAUGGGAAAACACCUUUCCAUUUUAGGUGAUAUUAUUUGAACCUUGUUACCUGCAAGUGCUGAUCUUAAAUAUAGAAGCCACAAUAAAAAAAAAAACAAACAUCCGAAACAUAAGAACUUUAUUGAAAAUCUAUUUUUCAGCUGUUUUUUUAAUGGGCAAGAAACAAAAAAUGUGGCUGGGAUACAUGUUGAGCAAACUAGAAAACAUGAACACAACAUAGUUUUUAUGGACCAAGGAACUUGUAUAAGCUUUAGUAUAAAAGGUACAUUUUCACCAUACCUUUUUUGUAUCACAACAUAUAGUACACUUUUGUUACCAAAUAGUUUAUAUUUUUUUUUCCUCUGAGCUUUUGCUCUGAAGUAUAUUCAGGUUCCAAGCCUGACCAUGCUUGUAUAAUCUAAUUACCAUACUCUUCCAGUUUUAAAAAAAUAUAUAUAUUUUUGGUCUGUGGCUGGAACUGUUCCUUUUUUUAAACUGAAGUCUUGUGACUUUUUAUGAACUGAAAUUGUUUUUAUUUCAGCAAGUAGAACCUUGUAAAGGCCAGCAUAUUUUUUUUAAGAUUAUAUGAAGUCUGUGCAAAAGCUUUAAAAAAUGCCUCUGCCUUGCCUGCAAUACAUGCAAUGUAUGUUAACUUUAGUGCUCUGUUUUCAGUCAUUGUUAAUAGUUAUUUCUGUUUUCCUUUUUAAAAUAUGUAUUUAUAGUGAUAAUUCAUGAGGUUCUAACAUUACAUGAGUUUUUUUUUUAAAGUGGCAUCUCAAGCAG